AUGGCCAAAGUUGUAAUCCGCGAGUCCUAUGGCAGUGAACACGAGUCCGAGAGGCUGUACGUGCAGACCGAUGGACAGCCUAACAGUUUGACAUCGGUGUUCCUUCCGGCUGGUUAUCCCGACUCCGUGUCCGGCGAUUACAUUGAGUACCAGUUGUGGGACAGUAUUCAAGCGUUUGCCUCCAGUAUAAUGAAUAACUUGGGCACUCAUGCCGUACUUAAAGGUGUAGGGGUCGGUGACUCGACUGCCACUGUCUUGGCGGCCACUAUUACAUGGCUUUUAAGAGACGGCACAUCAAUGAGCGGAAGAAUACUCUUCGCGUACAUUCAGAGCUCCAAAUUAGACGCCGAUUGCAAGAAGUGGAGACUUUUCGCCGACUUAAUCAACGACUUAUCCAUUUUCAUAGACUUAUUAUCGCCUUAUUUUUCGCAUUACUUUCUGUACACCCAAUGCCUGUCCGGUGUCUUGAAAUCACUCGUGGGAACAGCUGGUGGUGCCACCCGAGCCGCGCUCACUCAACACCAAUCGCGACGAAACAAUUUGGCGGACGUGUCGGCCAAAGACGGCAGUCAGGAGACGCUCGUUAAUCUCACGGCUCUUAUAUGUAGUCUUAUAAUAGUUCCCAUCGUUUCCACGAAUACGAAUUUGGUUUGGAUUCUAUUCGUUUGCUUUACAUUACUUCACAUUUACGCCAAUUAUAAGGCCGUGAAGUCCGUCUCAUUAGAGACGUUCAAUUUGAGUCGAUUUGCCAUUUUUGUGGACAAUUACCUUAAGACUGGCGGCGAUGUAUUACCGGUGAAGACAUGCAAUACUCGAGAGAAUGUCUGGUUUUUCAUAAAAGACGAGUUCGACGUCUGCAGCGAUAGGAUAGCGAUCGGGAUCUCUCUUCAAAGUCAUCGCCUAUCAAAUGCCAAACAAUUGAAUCAAUUGAUUGAUUUGUACGCUACUGAUGACGACGACUGUCAGUAUAUCUUGACUUUUGAGACGAAAAACAAAAUCAACAUAUCGUUGAAGAAAAACUUCAUUCCGUCGGCUCUAUUAGAGUCCGUAUUUCAGGCGAUUGUCUUAUAUUUCGCACAAAACUCGUCGCAAACAAAAGACCCAAAACUUAAACAAAUUAUAAAUGAAUUAAACGGCGAAUCAAAAGACACGAAACGACUGCUGGAAUUGAGCCGUAAGUAUGCCAUCGAUUCCAUGAGCCGAUUGACCGCCAAAGCCAGCGCCGAGGGCUGGGAUACGAGUAAAGUGUUGAUCACUCCAAGCGAGUGGCGAUUUGAAUUGUCUUAAGGUUUUCAUUAUUUAAAUGAAU